AACAAAAUCUGUAUUCCAAUAUUAAAAGCAGCAAUAGAGUUAAUGGAAUUACUGUUUUCAUUCCAACUGGUUAUUCAUCGAUUUUAGUUCAAAAUAGUGAGAAUGUAAAUUCGAAAGAUAUGAUUAAGGAAUUGCCAGAAUUAAAUAUAAAAAUCCCAGCAUAUAUUUUAAAUACAGCAGAAAAUGUAUCUUAUAAUGAAAAAACAGCAAAAAAACCUUCAAAUAGCUUUAUGAUAUUUCAAAGUCAAAUAUGCCAUAUGGUUAAGGCUAAGUUCAGUCAUUUAAACAAUCAUCAAGUUUCAAGUUUUAUUGGAUAUUUGUGGAGUAAAUUAAGUCCAAAACUCAGAGAAGA